UCAACCGCCAAUAAACAAGACGACGAAGAAGAGGCUCCGAGGCGGCAGUAAAAGCGACUUGGGGGCGCGUCACAGUGAUUGCGUCCUGUUAGUGUUGCUGUGAGCACCUAAAGCAUGAGUUCCGAAACAGCCGGGGAAACGUUCACGGUGAAGACCGAGAAAGCGGCGACAGCGGGAUGGCAGUGCCCUUUGAGUGAUCCGGCCACCAACACGGCUGAGAUGAGGAGGAUGUGGAAAGAAUGCAGCGAGGAGAGCUUUUGGUACCGAGCUCUUCCCCUCUCUCUGGGCAGCAUGGCCAUCACUGGUGGUCUCCUCUACAGAGGUGUUUGGAAAUCAUCCAAGAGAUUUGGUCCCUUUCCAAAACUAGCAGUGGCUGGGAUUCUUGGUUACACAGUAGGCAUAGCAUCGUAUGUGAGAACUUGCCUAAACAAGUUCCACGACGUUGGCAUUGAUGUUGAACCAGGCGUUGGACCCUGGUCCAGGAAACGUUACCACGUUUCUUGUCAAAGAUCCUGCCAGUAUGUGUGUGAAGAAUGCAAGAUGGCUCAAGCUGCACCUGCAGAACAAAACAAAAGCUAAAGGUGAAUAGAUGUGUUGCCAAAGCUAUCAAAAACAAAUCUAUAACAAUAUUAUUGUAUUUUUAUUUUUAUAUAUAUUUUUCUCCAUACUCUUAAAUCAUCAUACAGCAGUCUUUCAUUGAAAUGUGCACUUACUUGGCACUAGGGGGCGCUACCUUUCUUUCAGUCACAUUAAAGCCUAAAUGUUGCUUGUUUAUCUUAUCUAAACUUUGCAGGAAUUUUAUUUAGGAAAACCCUUCUGAAAAAAUUACCCAGGUAUUACUCACAAUAAUAGUACUUCAAUCAGAAUCCAGUUAGGACGGUUUAUAGCAACAAAACAGGUGUGUAGGGUGUGUAAAAACACUUCAUAUGCACACUUUUGUAUACUUUAUGAAGCUAUUCUUGUAAAUGUAUAAUAAACUAUUUAAAUGCAUAAUAAUAGAAAACAGGACCAUAGUCAAUGUAUUAAAAGUAGAACCUUUACAUGCAUGAAAUACACAAAUAAAACUAAAAGCAGACAUACACCAGAUGAUAAUUAUACUUGUGUGUUUUAGUUCUUAAUGAUUGAAUGCAAAAUAAUAAAAAGUUUAAGAAUGA